AAACCCCUGGAGAGAGGACCCAAAUUGGCCCAGGCCUGAUUUAGACCAUGCUGCCUGAGAGCUUGUAAGAGUUAAGUCCAAAAAUUGUAGCUUUCCGAGUCCUUCAGCUGCUCUUCUUACAAAUUUCCCCAGUGAGCUUAAAGCAAAAGGCCACAGGAUGGCUAGCAACAACGCUCUCUGUUCCCUGAUUGGUUGAGAGGCUUCCUUUGGCCUACAGGGUCAAGGCUUUCUUCCAGAGAGAUCGAAGAGAUGCUCGAAUUUUGAUUGGCUGGGACUUUUUGGGAGAGCGUCCUGAUUGGCUGUAAAAUAAUGACAACAUUUAGAAAAAUGAAACAUAACCAGAGCUGCUGCCAGACACCUCCCACUAUCACUGUGCAUACAAAAUCAAGUGCAUCACGAACCUACAAGCAAAAACACCCCCUUUGCCUUAAACGUCCUAAAUUUAAAGACAGCCAAGAGACCUGUGGGAAAAACAUUAAUAACAAGCCAAAAGGUUCCUGUCUAGUUAUUCAGCGUCAAGAAAUGACAGCUUUCUUUAAAUUAUUUGAUGAUGAUUUAAUUCAAGAUUUCUUGUGGAUGGAUUGUUGUUGUAAAAUUGCAGACAAGUACCUUUUGGCAAUGACUUUUGUUUAUUUCAAGAGAGCUGGCUACAGUAUAGAUGAACAUACCAGGCUCAAUUUCUUUGUGGCUCUGUACCUGGCAAAUACAGUUGAAGAAGAUGAUGAAGAGUCAAAAUAUGAGAUUUUUCCAUGGGCAUUAGGGAAAUCAUGGCGGAAGCUCUUCCCAAAUUUCUUAGUUCUAAGGGAUGAACUCUGGAGCAAGAUGGACUACAGGGCUAUUGUGAGCAGACGCUGCUGUGAGGAGGUAAUGGCUAUUGCCUCAACACAUUACAUAUGGCAGCGGGAACGUUCGAUCCAUCAUAGUGGAGCCACAAGAAAUAACAAUCGCAAUGGAGUACAGCUGCCUCAAGGACCUAAUGCCACUCCUGCAGAUUGUUUGCUUUGUGGGAAGAAAACAAUAUCUAUAAGGCUAGGAUUAUCUUCCUCUUCCUCCAAUGGCAGUCUGGAAAUGAUGGAGCAACACAUACCUCAGGGAAUGGAAGACUCUCUUUCAUCUGUUAAAAAUCUUCUUGAGCCUCAAGGUUACUUUCAAGAUGGUAACAACCAAAACAAAGGAAGUAAGAAUAUCUAUCCAAGUAAAGACAGAUCAAUGGACUGGUUUACUGGAAAUGAAGAAUAGAAAAUACUUCAUCCAACAAGUUUGGAAAUUACUGGGAACCAUUAAUUUUCAAAAGGAAACAGAAGAUAUAUUUCAAAGUAUUUGUUGUCUUAAGUUUAUUUUUAAAAUGAUAUAUUUUAGUGAACUAUACAGUAUCAAAAAUCUAGUCAGUAUAAAUAAGGACUGGGUUUUUCUAAACUGAAUAGGCAAGAAAUAAUUACAAUUUUAAUUCCAGUGAAGUACAUUCUUCAAACUAGCAUGUAACAUUCGGAACAUUGUUUGAAUAUGCUGGAUUAACCUUCCGCAAUUUGAUAAGAAAUGCUGGUUUAGAAGGGAGAAAAAAUUACAAGUAUUAGUAAUAUAAUUCAGAAGUAGCCUUGCGGCAUAAGGUUUUAUGUUUUACAUUUCUCUGUUUUAAAAAGUAACAAGGAUUAUAAAAACAUAGUAGCAGUAAUGAAUGCAUAUCUUAUGCAAUAUUUGCUGUGCUGUUCUUACCUGUGUGACCAGUUUGCCAUGGAUAAGGUCUAGCAAUGUAAGGUGGUUUUGUGCCAUUAGAAACAAAAGCCUCUGAAAUAAAAUGAAAAUAUACA